CUUUUAAAAUCCCGCCAUUUUCUGCUGCGAGGCGUUCGCUGAGGCGGCGAAAAAGUUUUUUUUAUUUGUUGUUUGUUGCGAUCGGUCGGUGUCUCGAGUUUAAACAAAUAAAAAAAUCUAGGUCACAUUUUUAAAGCGAACUACGUUUUUUUUAGUUCGUUUGCUGCCGCCAUGCCGGCCGUUUAUAAAGGUGAAGUGCCGGGUUCUUGUAACCUGAACCAAAGCUCGUGUUCAGAUGGCGACGCAAUCCGUGUGUGCGUGCGCGUGCGCCCACCGACCGAGGGCAUAGCGGCGAACGAGGGCGAGUCGAUGGAGCAGGGCAUGUGUGUGACGGUGGUCUCGCCAGACACAGUUCGGGUGCUCUCACGGCCCGAGCCACGCACCUUCACCUUUGACUAUGUGGCCAGCAUAAGUGCCACUCAGGAAGAGAUAUUUUCCGUUGUAGCAAAGAACAUAAUUGAGUCAUGCAUGAAUGGCUACAAUGGCACCAUCUUUGCCUAUGGCCAGACAGGUUCAGGAAAAACAUUUACCAUGCUUGGUGCCAUGGACCACGUGGACAUUUUUAACCACAACCUCCGUGGGGUGAUCCCACGCAGCCUCGAGUUCAUUUUUUCGCUAAUCUCUCGCGAGAAACAAAUGACAGGAGAUGCCAAAGAGUUCUUAUGCAAGUGUUCCUUUCUGGAAAUCUACAAUGAGCAGGUGUUUGAUCUGCUGGACCCAGCUAGCACCAGUCUCUUCAUUCGGGAGAACAUACAAAAGGGCGUGUUUGUGGAGGGCGUCAUGGAGAUGUCUCUUUCCUCGGCUGCAGAAGCCUACCAGGUGCUGUCCCUGGGUUGGCGCAACCGGCGAGUUGCAUCCACGUCGAUGAACCGCGAGUCGUCGCGCUCGCACGCCGUCUUCACGCUCACGAUCCAGUCGAAGGAGAAGCGCAACGGCAUGGUGAACAUCCGCUCGUCGCAGCUCAACCUUGUGGACCUCGCGGGCUCGGAGCGGCAGCGCGACACGCAGUCGGACGGCAUGCGCCUCAAGGAAGCGGGCAGCAUCAACCGCUCGCUGAGUUCCCUGGGGAAUGUCAUCAAUGCCCUGGCAGAAAUUGCGCACGGAAAAGGGCGGUUCGUUCCCUAUAGAGACUCCAAGCUGACUUUCUUGCUCAGGGACUCGCUGGGCGGGAAUGCUAAGACCGCGGUCAUUGUCAACGUGCACCCGGGCGGACGCUACUUCGGGGAGACGCUGUCCACGCUGCAAUUCGCGCGUCGCACAAAACUCAUCAAAAACAAGGCGGUGGUGAACGAGGACACGCGGGGGGACCUCUCUCAGCUGCAGGCUGAGAUCAAGCGCCUGCGAGAGCAGCUCUCGCUCCACCAGGAGGGCUUGUCCAGCGCGCCAUCGUACAAUCCAACACCAGCGCCCGAGGGCUACGAGCUACCGCGCGACAGUUGGAGGCAGCACUUCCUGGAGGCCAUGCAGUUCCGACAGAGCAGCGAGACCGAAAUGAAGGCUCUUCAGGGAAAAAUUAAGCACCUGGAGGAUCUCUGCGAAAGGAAGGAACGCCGCCUGCAGUCCAACAAGAUGAUCAUUAAGUUCCGCGAGUCCCUCAUCGCCCAACUAGAGCGUACGGUCAAAGGGAGCGGCGUCGAGGCAGAGGGCUGCAUCAAGUGUCAGAAUGAGAACAUCGCCAACAUCAAGCAAGAGCUGGCACUGUUCAAGGAAAUGGUCGAGCACCACCCGGAGGUCUCCAAGUUUUCUCAGGAAAACCACAACCUGCGAGCCGAGCUGAAGCAGCUGCGGGAGCUGGCGGCGGUACGCACAGGCCAGGAGCUGUCUGAGCGAAUUGCCCUGCAGCUCGACCGCGCCUUCGCCGACGCGAUGGCACAGCGCAAGAGUGCCGGGCCUACGGAUAAUCUGCAGCCGACGCCCAUCUGCACGGAUACCGUAACCUCCGCUGGAAUGGACCGCAUGAAGGUGGAGCUGCAGAAGAUGCAAAACGAUGUGGCCUCUGCCCGGCAGGAACUGGAAGAGAACAAGGAGCUCAGCCGGAAGAAGCAGGGAGAGAUGGAGGUUGAACUGCAGUCUCUACGGAAGCAGAACCAGCAGCUGGAGACAUUCAUUAAGGCCACGCAGACCAGCAAGCUGCAGGAGGUCACCCUCCUCAACAGGGUCCAUGCAGAGGCCAUUAAGAACCUGACGACGCCGGUGCGAAUGGCACUGGCGCGGCGGCUGGACAACUUGUCACGCACCAGCGUGGACGGGAGCCCAGCACUGAUGCAGAGAGCCGAAGUGACGGAUGACUUCAUCUUCAACGAGGUUGAGCCCGAGCAGGUGACGGCGCAGGCGUAUGAGGCGAUCGCGGAUGAGCUGCGCACAAUUCAGGAGCAGUCGACUCGGCUUCAGCAGCAGCUGAUUGAGGAGGAGACGCGGGUCCUGGGGCUUCAGCAGAAUCUGGACAAGGCGGAUUUGCAGCGGGCGCAGCACGAGCAGCUGCUAUUGAAUGAGCGGAAUAGCUGGGCCCAACGGGAGAAAUCCCUCUCCGAGUCUGUCGCGGUCAUGGAGAGGAAGAUGCAGGAGACCGAGAGCACCAACAGCGUGCUGCAGAGCGAGGUGCACGACCUGCGUGUGGUGCUCAAGUCGGCCGAUCGUGACCUGGCAGAGGCACGCAAGGAGGUGGCUGAGAUUCGGUGCUGGCGUGACGGCGAGGCGGCGCGGCUCGCCAACCAGCUGCUCGACCUGCAGCUGCAGACGGACGUGGCGAGGCGCGAGCAACAGAGAGCGCAGGAGGAGAAGAUCGCUCUUCAGGACAGCUUGGAGACGCUGCAGGAGGAGCUGCGCUUCAACGAGUACUCCAUCGCCGAGUUGCGCGAGAGCCUGCGCCAGGAGCGCGAGCGCAGCGCCCAACUGGACUCCGACGCCGCCAAACUCAUGAAGACGUUGGAAUGUCAAGCAGAGAAGAGUAAAAGCCUUUCCCUUCAACUUGAGGACAAGGAAAGCACCCAAAAGGAGCUCCUCAAAGUUAUUGACGACAACUUCCUUCUAAAGCAGCAGUACUCCGAACUGCUGUCUCAGAUGGAGCAGCAGAAACUGGAACUCCACAAAGCAGAAGAAGCUCUGAGAGCGAGUACAGCGCAAGUGGAGGACGUCCAGCGCAGCAACAAAGCCUACCAGGAUUCGACGGACCAGCUGAUCAUCCGUGUGCAGGAAGAGAGGAGCGCCUCAAAUGGGCAUGCGCAGCGAGUCGCUGAGCUGGAGAACGAGCUGUGUGAGCUGAAGGCGACACUGUUGCGCGUGGAGACUUCCCAUGUUCAAAGUGUGGAGGCCGAGGCCAAGCUAAAACAGUCCCUGCUUGAGCUAAAUGGAUGCAUGGAGAUGAAGAGUACCGCCUAUGAAGUAACGUUGGAGAUGCUGAGGGACGACCAAGAAUCCGUGAAGAACGAGAUGAAGAGUCUGACGAAGAACUUUGAGACGCAAUCCUGUCUGCUCAGCUCCAUUCAGCAGGAGGCGGACGAUGCGCGCAAAAACGUGGAGAACUUGCAGGCACAGCUCUCGCACAAGGAUGCAGAACUGGCACGACUGCAGGCAGAGCUGGAGGAGAAACUCCAAUCCGUCUAUCACCCUUCUGAUCAGAGCUCACCGGUGCCUCUGGCUUCAGAUUCGCAGAUGACGCCAUGCUGGAGAAAAACCAUGUCGGCGGGAUGUCCCGUGCAGAGCCCGGAGCUGGAGGAGUUACACAGCCGCCAGGCCAUGCUGUCCGCGCUGGUGCAAGACCUGCAGGCGUCUCACCUCGAGAGCGUUGCCGAGAUCGCUCUUCUCAAGGAGCAGCUGGCUGAGAAGGAGAUCCUACGUGAGACGCUGGAUCUCAAGGAGGGGGAGUGCCGCUUGCUCGCUUCCCAGCUCGACGAGAUGCGGCGCGAAUACGAUGCCAGCGAAGAGAAACUGAACUCGACUCUGAAGCUGCUGAGCCAACAGGCAGCGGCGUCGCGCAGGGAGGAGAGCACGGUUGCGCAGCUCGAGAAUCAGGUUAUGGAGAGGACACGGUACCUGCAAGCAGAGAUCGAUCAGUUAAAUGAGCAGCUGGUGCUUAUGGAGGAUACGCAAUUGGAGUUGUUGCGCGUGCACGUGGCGGAAGAGCAACUUUUUCGUGAGAAGGAGGACAUCCGCUCUAGGCUGGAGCAGAUGCAGGAAGAGAAGGACAGGCUUGUUCAAGAGGUGCAACAGCUGAAAAAGCACAACGAGGAGCUGGCGGUGGAAAAUGGCAAGAUCUCUGGCCACCAGAACCUGCAGCAGAAGAUCCAGUACAUGGUCAAGCUGAAGAAGGAUUUAACGAAGAUGACGGAGGACAUGUCCAAGUUGCAGGUGGAGAACACAAUGUUGCGCGAGCAGCUGUUGAAGCACGGCACAUGCAGGGAGGUGAGGAAUGGCGGCAGGUCCAUGUCCCCCAUUUGAACGGCGCUCCCCUGCGCAUGCCGUGGGAAUGCAAGGAGAGCCGAGAUGGCGUCCUCUUAGCCCGGCGUUUGCACGCAAGGAGGGGGCGGCACGACCGGUGGCGGGGUCUCGAGGUUCCCAGUUUCAGGAGGCAACGGAGGCUCCCUUGCAUUUUCACGGUCGGCAGUUGAAACGUGCACCUUUAAAACCUUUAAAUCGACAAAUGGACGAGACCUGUUACGACGGAAAAAAACCCCGGAGAACUUGAGAAAAACACUCUUAAAUUCAACUUCGGCAAAUGCUGCUUGAGUCGUAAAAAAGAAACUGCCAUGUUGGUAGCCAGUGUGUACAGUGGAGGGGACACCGCUGCGAUGUAAUAAAAUUGCAUAUGUUGAACUUCUGUCGCACUGUAUUUAGCCAAACGUGUUCAUCGUAGGUGCGUAAUAGAUCACACACCCGGCAUGCGACAGUUGAAACAGUAGUGCCCUUUUUUUUUAAAUCCUCUACAGGAAAAAACGAGAAUCAUAAAAAAGUUGAAAUUUUGAUUAGAAAAAAAUCAGUUCACAAAAACAUUCUUUUAAGUCGGGUAGCACAAACGCCAUAGAUCCCUGAUAAGUAUAUUUUUUACAUAUUAAUCAUUCAUAUUAAAAAAAAAAUGUUCUCACUUGAUGACUAUCAUCUCUUUGAGUGCAUGGGAAUACUUUUAAUAUUAAAUAUAUUUUCAAUGGGUAUAUAAUUGGGUUAAUUACCACAGUAAUACACGUAAGUUGUACAUAUUUUCUCUGCGGUUUAUUUUUGAUCAGAUUAUUUUUUUUAUUUGGUCUGUAUAGAUAAUGGAAUCACACUUGGGAUCUUUAUUUUAUAUUUUUGGGGGUUUUUUUCGAGCAGUAUUGUCAACUUGAACAUUCCAAUCCACGUUGCAUGUCCUUUGUGGCUGAUAACAGAGAUGAACACAACUGUGAACAAAAUUGCCUUUACCAAAAUACACUGAGAAUAAAGUAAAAUUUGUGAUUUACUCAUGGCUGUGCUUGGAACAUAGGAUUUGUAUUUUGAACUUCUUUCGCACCGUACAUAGCCAUCCGUGUUAAUCGGAGGUGCGGGGGAAGGACAACAAACUAGACACAAAAUAAAUUUUCAUAAUGUUAUUUUCUGCCUAAAGAUCGUGAUUUUUUUUAGGCCUUUGAUGCCCCAAGAGGAUUUUAAAUGGAGAUUGAUUUGUUUUAGAACAUGCAUUGGCAACUAGAAAUUCAUGAAUAAAUGAGCUUGCAUUUUAUAUACGAGAUGUGUUUCCACCAUUUGCUACCAAAUCUGGUAUUUCCUGAAUAAAUGACCUCCAUCCUCGAUACUGAACCUCUUUGAUUGAACUCGGUGGUGACCGACAGAUUCCCAGAAGCUUUUUGCCAGAAGAGUGGCUGCCCCCUUGGUUGUGGGAAAGCGCACAGGUCUCCAACAUUUUAGAAAUUUUGUUUAACAACACCACCAAACGCUUAAGAAUGCUUGUCAUAGUAUAGGCCCUUAAGAAACAAUCUCCAGAUAGUGUCUGACAUUGUAUAUACAAGUUUAAGCUGGAAGGAGGCCUGGAGUGCGCAUAUUUUUUGUUCUUGUAUCUGUGUUUAAAAAGUUGUUUUGAUUCUUCAAACGCAGCUAUUUUUUGGUUUGUUCUUUUGUAAAAAAACAACAAUGUUUUCAUUAUUCUUAUUAUCCUUGUAUUGUCUUUAGUACAUUUCUCUUUAAAUAAAUUCUUGUCCUGGA